UUUCAUCAUUAUUUUCAUCCUUCGAUAUGGAAUGGUUAUGGACCAAUGUCAUCCACCAAAGUUGGUCCGCUACAUACUACACACUCUCAUUUUACUUGCUUUCUGAAAUUUUCGUGACAUGUAAACUCCUCCUCGUCUGCCAUUUGAAAGACACGCUCGUGGCGUUUGGUGCAACAUUUAUCGCGUCCUUUGGCGUCUUGUCGGUGUCCACGCCAGGCUGUGCCAUUUAUGAGGAGUUGUGGAGUAAAAUGGUCACCGCAUUUGAAUUUUCAGCAGCACUAAUGCUUCUUGGAAUUGCAAUCUACUCCGCCUUGCAGAUUGCGAACUGCGUUUCGAAUUCUUUGGUGACCGCUGUGCGAUGUUUCUUGGUGGCAUUUAUGGUCGUGUUUUUCCUGCUGUCCAUCAGCUCAAAUGAAGAGGAGGAGGACCCCUGGAAGAAGACGGGAGGACCUGUCAUCCUAUUUAAAGAUUUAAAAUGACAUGAAUAAUGUAAGGGUAUUUAGUAUAUUCGUCAAAAUUAUAUCCGCAUCUGUAAAACUCUGACACCGUAAAAGGAUAAUUUUGUAUAUUCCGUAAUAAUAACUGGAUAAGAUUGUUAUCGUUUGGAACUGGAAGAACUGUGUUGUCUUUGCUAUAAAUCUUUGGAAAUCUAUAUUUUUUAUGAUGAGAUAAGAUAAAUGAUAAGUACACAAAGUUUCGAAACGAACAAAAUCUAUUGUUUAUUCUGCAUUUUAAUGCAUUUCUCCCCAUUAAAAACCGGGCAGGGAGAGGCAUGAGAUUUUUUCACAAGUCCACAUGCUCAACAGAGAGCUCAUUUACACAUUUUGCUAAAGUUGCUCAUUAAAAAAU